AUGGAAUCCUCUGUCAUUCCGAGUCCAUUGAGCUCGCGUUACAGCUACCAUGCCAUAUUUAGUGAUGUGUGUAAAACCAGAUUUAGUCAUCUGGUCGCACGGCUCUUGUUCAGUAUGGCUGUUUGCAUCGGAGCGUUGGCGAGCGCAUUGGCACAACGCGGCGCUUCAAAAUGGGAACGUACCCUCUCUGCACCCGGCAAAGGUAUACUAGUAUAUGUGGGAAUGUUGACAGUGGUAUUAGCGCGCAAAAACUAUCUUCAUGUGCGGCUUCCAGGGUACUCGAGCGCGUUAUCACAAGCGUACUGGCAACUAUGUUCGGGACAAGCAUUAGUACAGCUAGCAGUUCACAUUUUAAGCAGUAUUUGCAUUGCAAGUGCGCUCAGGGACACCGUAACUGGAGCUCUACAGCCCCAACGUGUAUUUGGAUAUCGCUUGGCCGUAUGGUUGCUCGUGCCUGGUUUGUACACCGCACAACAUGUGGCUUUUGACCUUGGCAGACUCGCUUUCAGAUAUGGCGCACAACAUCAACACCCGCAACAAUUCAUUAUAACAAGAAUUCACAAUGUGUUUGCGAAGUGCGGAGUGCUAGCAAUAGCAGUCGCACUUGUACUACCGGUUGGCUCGCUAUACCUUGGCCCACGCACAAGCUCUUUGGGUGUUGCAGGUACAUUCCAGUGCGUGAUUUUGGCAUUUAUGAUCUUUGUCAUUUGGGAUCUAGUAAACCUUGCUUUCAAUGCGUACUUGUCAAUCGGGUGUUUACACAAAGGCAAACCCAUAUCGUCACUCUCUUCCACUCCAAUGGAGACGCUUAUUUCUGGCCUUUCAUCAAAAAAGCCAUUCACAAAGCUAACUGCUUUCCAGGAACUCUCAUAUAGGGCCACGUCUCCUAAUAUCCAACUUCGCUUACCUAUUUACCACACGCGCCACAGGAAUGUCUACAUUUGGCCUAGCAUUUUGAAAGAGUGCUUGAACACCAUUGAAAGUACGAAUAGUAACGUAUCUGCCUUUAUGAAAAGUGUUGAACAACAGCAAGAAUCUCUGCGGAAACCAACCGCGAAUAGACCAGAGUCCUUAGAUGAACGUCUUAACGAAAAUGGGCUCUUUGGAAACGACUACGUGAUCACCUCAAGUUCUCAGUCAAGACUGCCAGGUUCCCCUCCAACCUCCGAAACACUAACCCAUAGAAUCACUUUACAAAACAACAAUAUAUUUGCAAGGGGGAAUGGCGACACUGUAGGAUCAAGCCCCUUUCAGUUCUCUGAUGUUGCAAACAACCCCAUACUCACACGCCAGACCACUAUUACGGAUAUUGUCGGUGACUGUCUAAGACAGCUAAAAGACACGUUCUUUGGUUUCUUUUUCCCAGUUCAGGACGAGGAUUCAUCUCCGCAGCUCAGUCUGUUUGAGCUUUGGCGUGUGUCCAAGAAAAUGCAAGCAGAAAAGCUUGUUCCGCUGCCGGUGUGUUACGCUGAGUGCGUUAUUGCCCUAAUGGGCCUCUUAAUCAAGUCACUAGAGGAAGACCCAAAGGGUGGCGUGGUUUCAUCAGUCGGCGAGGUUUUGAAGAUUUUAGAAAGAUCGGUAGGUUCGUUGGGCGGUUUCGCUGAAUGGAAAGACUCACUUGUUUCCAGAGAAACAGCGACUCCAGAUGUUGUUACUAUUCUUUACGAUCUUUCGAUUAACGCAUUCCUUGAAAUUGUGCUCGGUUACAACGAACUACUAAAUAAUGUUUACCUUGAUGAAGAUGUUGUCAAGCUGAGCAAAUGGGUUCUGGAAAUAUGUAACGAGUAG